CCUUUUCUCUUUCACUUAGCUGGUGAAGGUGCAACAGUAAUCGGUCGUCCCGAGUCCGGGUUCAUCCGACACCCUCACCGCCUCAAGCCGAACUGAGCUCAGCUUCAACAGCAACAUCAUGCCUCCUAAAUUCGAUCCCAGCGAGAUUAAAAUCGGUAUGAUCACAAACACGGAGAGAUUUCGGUGGAUUUCUGCGGCCUUUGUGCGGAGGCCGCGUCAGGCCUCGUGUACAUGAGGUGCACAGGAGGAGAAGUUGGUGCCACUUCCUCUCUGGCCCCCAAAAUCGGACCUCUGGGUCUGUCUCCCAAGAAAGUUGGUGAUGACAUUGCCAAGGCAACCGGUGACUGGAAGGGUCUGAGGAUUACCGUCAAGCUGACCAUCCAGAACAGACAGGCAGCUAUUGAAGUGGUGCCCUCUGCUUCUGCCCUGAUCAUCAAGGCACUGAAAGAGCCUCCCCGUGACAGGAAGAAGGUCAAGAACAUUAAGCACUCUGGCAGCGUUCCCUUUGAUGACAUUGUCAACAUUGCCCGAGUCAUGAGGCACCGCUCCAUUGCCAGGGAGCUCUCGGGAACCAUUAAGGAGAUCCUGGGUACAGCUCAGUCUGUGGGCUGCACCAUUGAUGGACGCCCACCCCAUGAUGUCAUUGAUGAUAUCAACAGUGGCAAAGUGGAAUGCCCAUCUGAGUAAGGGGUGGAUGAGGAAUGAAGACAAUAAAAGUGUUAAAAGAU